AAAGGAUCCAUAAACUUCAAAUCGAUUCACAAAAUAUUUAUGAAUUGAGUCAGUUUUCUAUUCACGAUGCAGACCCUCGUCUUAUUUCUGUGCGGGUUAUUUGUAUUCGUGGAAAAUGCUGUGCCAUUUUCAGAACAAAAUGCAGCUUUUGGAUACAUAAAGAAUAUUGGGAUCCCGUUGGCCGAGAAAAUUCGAAAAGCGGAGGAAUCUUCGAGGAUUAUUGGAGGUGUACCUGCGGCACUAGGACAAUAUCCUUACCAGGCUGGACUUUUGGGAGAAAUCGUUGUAGAUGGAGGUACCGCAAACAGCGUUUGUGGAGGAACCCUCGUGUCUGCCAGUCGCAUCCUCACGGCUGCCCACUGCUGGUUUGAUGGAGUGCAUCAGGCUUGGCGUUUAACCGUAGUGCUUGGUUCAGUACGUUUGUUCAGUGGUGGCACCAGAGUUCAGACCAGCGCAGUGGCUGUCCACCCUAACUGGAACCCUGGCCUUAUACGUAAUGACCUGGCUGUAGUUUACUUAUCUGGUCCAGUUGCUCUUUCAGGCACCAUUUCUCCGAUAUCUUUACCAAGUGGCAGUGAGUUGUUUGAGUCUUUCGCUGGUACACGGGCAAUUGCUGUUGGAUUUGGAAUAACCAGCGAAGGUGCUACUAUUAAUCAGAAUCAAAGUUUGAAUCACGUGAGCUUGUUAGUGCUUACGACUGGCGAAUGCUCUACAGCAUUCCCUCUCAUUGCCCAACCUUCCAACAUAUGUACCAGCGGUCUUGGAACUGUGGGCUUCUGCGAUGGCGACACUGGCGGUCCGCUCAUCCUUGUAAGAGACAACAAACACAUUUUGAUUGGUGUGUCAUCUUUCCGUUCGAGUUUAGGCUGUGAAAGUAAUCGCUCGAAUGUUUACUCUCGCGUCACAUCGUUCAUGGGCUUCAUAAAUCAACACAUAUUAUAAAAUAUUUUAAUAUUAUUUUUGAAUAAAUACUCUUCGGAACGCGCAAAUUUAUA